AUGGAUGAUUUUCAAUACUAUCACGAUUUAAUCCUUUCAUCUAAAUGCAAAAUGUGUGGUAAAGCGUUUACAUAUGCAAAUAAACCAACAUUGGAUAGAAUCGAUAAUGAAAAACCACAUACCAAAGAAAAUUGUCAGUUAAUGUGUUGUUAUUGCAAUGUCGUAAAAUCAAAUAAAGAUGAAGAUGUUCAACGUUUAAGAAUCAAUUUAAGAAAUUAUGCAUUAAAAAAUAAUUUACCAAUGACUUUAGAUUCAGUUGAAGCUUAUCACAUUCUCCGUAAUGGAAUUACUGGUGGUCUAUCAAAUGUUCAACAUCGUGUUAAUCUUAAAGGAAUCACGCACAUUAAUAAACUUUCAUAUAAUCCAGAAACUAAAACUGUAUCAAAUGAGGACACCACCAACAUUAUGACUCAUUUCGUUGGUGUUGAUUUUAAUUCAUUAUAUCCUUCAUCAUUUUCAUCUAAUCCUCAUGAUUUCAUUCAAUAUACUGACCAUAAAAUGUAUAUGCCGGGAAGAUUGAAUGGUGUUAUCAUUUGUGAUACAGCAACAAAGAAAGCAAAAGCACUGGGAAUAAUUAAGAAGAAAAAUACUUUAUUCGUGGCUGAAGUAAAGGGUCACAUUGAUGAAAAAUACAUUAAUGAUUACAUAAACUUUUUACCGAUAAUAAGAAACUUAGAUAUUAUCACAGAUGAAAAAAUAAUUGGCAGUUUUAUGUAUAAUUACAUGAAAUCAAACAAUUUACCAGUUGACCAGAAACAGAGGAAAUUAACUCAGUUAGCAUCAACACACAACCAAUAUCAACCAUUUUCUUCUUAUUAUCUUUGGUAUCUAAUAGACAGAUUUCAUUUUAUCAUUGAUGACAUUCAAUCAAUUUUAACAUUUACUAAAAACACUUGCUUUAAUGAAUUUGCGAACGAAUUUAUGAACGAAAGACAAAAGGCUGAAUUAGAAGGAAAUAAAGGAAAAAGUUUAUUUUGCAAGAUUUCGCUUAAUGGAUCAUAUGGUUACGAUGCAAUGAAUACACAAAAUUACGCAAAGACUAAAAUAAUGAAUGCACAGAAGGCACGCGUUGCAUGUAUGUCAAAUAAGUUUAAAAACAUAAGAGAAAUAGGUGAGGAUACAUAUCAAGUGAUGCUUAAAGAUAGAUUUUAUAGAUGUGAUACAU